AUGAGGCUUGCCGUUGUCAUCUUGACUUCUCUGGCGUUCACGACGAGGGGAAACGGAAGAAUAAUGUCCAUAGGAAGUUACGGCGAUGACUUUUCGGAGCUGGAUUUUCCAGACGAUCGGGACGAUUGCGCUGAUGGAUUGUGCUCAUUGUAUGCUAAUAAGCGGAUGAUCGUGCCGGAGAAGGUGGUCGAGCGCCGGCAACUUUUACAAGAUCGUAACUUUCAUGAAUACAAUUAUCAAUGGAAACCAGUUUGUGGCUGCGCGAUUCAUUACAAGGUGAUUAAUCUCGGCACCGGUUACUAUCCGCAAUACAUCCAGACAGCGAAAUGCAAGUCCAAAAUGUGCUCCGGCAAGUGUUACCAGUGCACAUACUACUACCACAGAACUCAAGUUUUGGCGAAACGUGGAAUGAAUUCCAUACUCACAUUAGAUAGUGAAUUCGAUAUUCGGGAGGUGGAGGAGGUGACCAUCCCGCAGUCCUUGAGUGACAAAUGGCAGCUAUUGUCCAUACUCGUUCCCGUGACUUGUGUGGCCGUCGAGAAACCGUAA